UCUCCGGGAAGGCAGAACAAGGAGGGAGAACACUGAGAAGAGUAAAUUCUCCGGGAUGGCGACACCGGCAGAGUGGAUUAAUGGCGAUGAGAGUGCCAAAGAAAUGUUAUAUAGGGUUUUAACAGAACGUCCAUUCUUACUAAUUCCUCCUAUACAUCGUGUUCCGCUGCGAGUUGGUAAUGUGGUUGAGAUUGUUGGUCCGUCUCCUUCUGCCAAAACCCAAAUCUUAAUGCAGGCUGCAAUUACUUCUAUUCUUCCAAAGGAGUGGAAAGGUGUACAUUAUGGUGGCCUGGAGCGUAAAGUACUGUAUUUCGACUUGGAUUGUCGGUUUGAUGUUGAACGUCUCGCGCAGUUACUAAGGCACCACAUUUUGUCAGCUAAUAGACCAAGUAACAAAAUCAGUACGGAGAUGAAUGAGAAUCCGCAAGAGCAUGAUGACACGAAGGACCAAACAGCUAAUUACGAUGAGGAGUUAUUUCUAGCUUGCAUGAAACGCUUCUUAUACGUUCGUUGUUACAAUAGUUUUGAGUUUUUGGCUACUCUUAAGACAUUGCGCUAUCGACUUCAAAAGGAAAGUAAAGGAAAAAGUGUUGCUGCUCAUUUUUUAAUGAUCGACAGCAUUGGUGCUUUUUAUUGGGCAGACCGAGCCUCCACUCCCUUGCCAGUGGGAGGUGAUAACAGAAAAAGCUUGUCUCUUCAAAGUGUGGUAGAAACUGUUGUUAAGGAAAUCCAAAAGCUUCUACUGGUGCAACCUAUGCUUCUUCUAGCCACCAAAGCAACCAUAUUAGGGGGUGGUGAUUUCAAAAGGUCUUUUGGAAGGGCCCCACAGGAUGCCUCUGAUUUCAGGACUACAAGAAGUUCACAGAAUCAUUCUUAUCGCGAAUACAUGCCCUCGGUUUGGCAGCUGUUUAUUACACAUAGGAUACUCUUACAAGUUUCAGAUGAUGAUCCUGCUGACAGCGGAUAUCAAGAUGCUUCAACAUAUGCGUGUGAAUGGCUGCUUCCGUCACUCGGUUUCUCUGAAAAGUUUUGCGUGACCGAUCUCGGUCUUUUCAUGGUUACUUAACAGCUCAUUUAUGACAGCAAAGAAUAAGUUUGCCUGCUAUUUGCCUAAUCUAUUCUGUCAAUCAAGGUUUUGAGAACUCUUCUCUGAUUUUAAUGUAAUCAAAGAGGCGGAGGCAGAGCCGUCUUAUAGACAAUGCCAGCUAGGCUGUUGCCUAGGGCUUCAUAUUGUUAGGGCCCAAAAUUUUAAUUUUUUUCUCACUGCUUGAUUAUUUUUUUUAAUUAUUUUUUUGAAGCAUUAGAAUACCGUUUGUUUGUAUGUAAAUACAACUUUCAAUUGGGUUAAACGCAUAAAUACAACUCCCUUUUUGUGUUAUUAGAACGCAACCUAAUUAUUCUUUUA